CAUUCUCAUUGUAUUCGAUUCGAUUCGCUCGGCGUGGCUUGUUGUACUUAGGAUUUCGAUUGAAAUCUCCGGAAACGGUGGCAAUUUGACCGCGAAGUGUCCACCCGACAGCGUCGGGAACCGCAGCAAUUGGUGAACGGUGGGGUUUUGUUCCCGAAGUGCCGCAGGAAGCGUGAAAAUAAAAGCCAUUUUCUACGGCCCAAAUAGUGUCAAUCUGUCAUACACCCAGUGUUAUCGGUUGUGGCUACCGUCGAUGGUGGUUAGUUUGUUAGUGCUGUCUGCUGUCUGAAAUACAUUACGACGGAACAGGUACGAAUCCGGUUUUUGUCAGCCGAGCCAGCGGGGUGGGAAAUAUCCCCGGUUCAUGAGUGGUGUUAUAGUCGUUGUUUAGAUAAUGUACACAAGCGAAAUAGCAGGAUUGUUACAUCUUGUGCUGAUUAGUGAAGUUGAAGCAUAUUUUCCGAUCAUCUGCGGAAAUCGUGCACGAUUGUCAUAAAUAAUUGGGAAUUGCAUGCUUCGGUACCUAUACGAGAGCAGCAUAUCAGCAUUUGAACGCAGCUGUUGACCAGAGCUUCGUCGCAGGAACAGAAGAGCGAAUUUUUCCUCACAUCGACGGUCGAUCGCUCCCAUCCUCCACGUAUUGGCCACUCAGACUCAGGCCCCCAGUGACAGCCAGUUGUGACGAGUCUGUAGUGUGUCGGUUGCUGUUUGAGCUCCCCAAAAGAAAACGCUCCACUUUUCUCAAAUGGCUCCCAUUUGACAGUCGGCAAGCUCGACGAGAGGUGGCCUCGACCUGCGAUCCAUGAAGCCCCGAUCAGUUGCGGUCAGUGUGUUCUUGGCUGCUUCUUCAGCGCUCUAGGAUCAGCGGGAAAUCUCCUCUAGUGUGAACUUUCAUUGCGAAGGAAAGUCGAAAAAUAGUAUCAGAAAAUUUCCCCAUCUGAACCCCCAGUCGAGAUCCCAUUAAAAGAGAACAUUAGAGCGCGCAAAAACUGUGAGCAAAGACCAGUGAGUAAGUGAGAGAAGUGACUCUCGUGCGAAAGAAUUAAGCGAGUGGAAAAAUCGACCGUGGAAAACGCUAAGCAUCAGCACCGAUGUUCUCCUUCCUCUGGAUGGAUUAGGACGGAAACCGCGAGAAAAGAAAAACGCAAGUAAUCAUCUAGCUCCAGGUCGGCAGAUACCCAAGAUAAAAAUCGACCGACCAAGUGUAUUCUACUUGUGGAACGGCCAGCGCGGGGAGAUAGCAAACAAUCGGACCCAACAAACAUCGCCCAGCCGCCGCGACCGACGCCACCUCUACCGCCUGGUAGGCGGACGGCGCCAGCAUCGAGAAAGGCAUCAGGACGGCGGCCGUGAAAAGUGCGCUCGUGUGUGUGUUUUUCCUUAAGAAGAGAAGGAGGAAAGACAAUUUCCCAUAAUCGAUACGGAAUUUUCGUCGAGAAGAAGAAAACGCGAAGAAGAAAGUGAAAUGGUGUUAUAGUGUUGGAAGGCUCAAGGCCCGGUGUGAAUCCGCGUGAUUUUAUAGUAGCGGAUUGCCGAUUGCUGAACACCGAAUCAAUUGGAAACAAUGGCAGUUAGUUAGAAGUGUGAUCGAAUUUGCGGUUUUUGGUUUUCUGUUCUUGAGAAUCGGAGGAAAUAAGAAGAAGAAAUCGACGGAAUAGAUUGGAGUUGAAACACCACUAGCACCUGAUUACUAGCCCCACGAUCGUUGCUGCUGGGCAUCAACGAAUGGGCGAAUCUUCCCCCGUCACAGCGUUCAGGAGAAAAACGGCGACGACGAAGGGAGGAAUUUUACAACCAUAGGAACAUAACUUAACUUGACAUAAACAGAUUGAUAAAUUAAUACUAGUACUACAUGUUCUACUACCACUACCACUACUAGAUUCGCGACCACUAGUGCGUGGCGAGCUGGAAAAAGAUUAGUUAUUAAGAAAAUCGCAAGUCUACUAACGAAACACAGACACAACCCUGCUUUCGAGUAGUCGAAACAGAAGCGAAAAUCAGCGGCACCCCAGCAAAUCCAACCAACCAACCAUAAAUAAGUAGUAAGUUAAAUCGAAGUUAGUAGAACCUUAAUUAAAACAAAAAAAAACCAAGAUGGCGACGAUAGACGGACGACCGGCACAGUACCAGAUCUCGCUGAAGAAUCUGCGGGAAAUCAUGGAACAUCGAGGCCGGGAAGGAGUGUCGAUAUUGAACGAAUACGGCGGUGUGCACGAAAUCUGCAAGAAGCUGUACACCCACCCGAACGAUGGCCUGAGUGGCUCGAAAGCGGACAUCGAGCACCGGCGGGAAACGUUCGGUUCCAACACAAUACCUCCCAAACCACCGAAGUCCUUCCUGAUGCUAGUGUGGGAAGCCCUGCAGGACGUUACGUUGAUCAUUCUGGAAAUUGCUGCCAUUAUCUCGCUGCUGUUGUCCUUUUACCAGCCCGCGGACGAUGACGAGCCUGUAUUAGAGGAGGAGGAAGAGCACUACUCGUGGAUUGAAGGUUUGGCCAUCCUGGUGUCGGUAUUUGUAGUCGUAAUUGUGACGGCCUUCAAUGACUAUUCAAAGGAGAAGCAAUUCCGAGGGCUACAGUCGAGAAUCGAAGGCGAACACAAGUUCUCCGUAAUCCGUGGUGGCGAUGCCGUACAAAUCAACAUCGGUGAGAUCGUGGUGGGCGACAUCUGCCAGAUCAAAUACGGUGACUUGCUUCCGGCUGACGGUGUUCUGAUUCAGAGUAACGAUUUGAAAAUCGAUGAGUCCUCGUUGACGGGUGAAUCGGAUCACGUGAAAAAGAGCGAACUGACGGAUCCAAUGGUUUUGUCUGGCACGCACGUUAUGGAAGGCAGCGGAAAGAUGGUCGUCACAGCUGUUGGUGUGAACUCCCAAGCAGGUAUCAUUUUCACCUUGCUGGGAGCGGCCGUUGAUGAGCACGAAGCUGCCGCCAAGAAAAAGAAGAAGGAUGCCAAGAAAGAUAAGAAACUGAAGGACGGCGAUGAAAUCACCAACAACAGUCACCAUCCUGCUCUGAAAUCUCAUACGACCGUCGAUUCCAUUACUUCCGAUGAUGCUGAGGAAGGUAAAACCGGCACCGGCAACGGCGGAGGUGGUCACGGAAGCAAGGAAAAAUCCGUCCUCCAAGCAAAACUUACCAAACUGGCCAUUCAGAUCGGCUAUGCCGGUUCGACGAUUGCUGUCCUCACUGUGAUCAUUCUCAUCAUCCAGUUUUGCAUCCAGACCUUCGUUAUCGAACAGAAACAAUGGCGAAACUCGUACGCAAACAAUUUGGUCAAGCAUUUCAUCAUCGGUGUGACAGUGCUGGUCGUUGCCGUACCGGAGGGUCUCCCGCUUGCCGUCACGCUUUCGCUUGCCUACUCCGUCAAGAAAAUGAUGAAGGACAAUAACUUGGUGCGACAUUUGGAUGCCUGCGAAACCAUGGGUAAUGCCACUGCCAUUUGCUCGGACAAGACCGGAACGCUGACCACCAACCGCAUGACCGUGGUCCAAUCGUACAUCUGCGAGAAACUCUGCAAAGUUACGCCCAAGUUCUCCGAUGUUCCGCGGAUAGUGGGUGAAUCGAUCAUCGAGGGCAUUUCGCUCAACUCGGCCUAUACCACGUGUCUGAUGCCAGGCGUCAACCCGGGAGAUCCAUUGCAACAGGUCGGUAAUAAGACAGAAUGUGCCCUGCUAGGGUUCGUGCAGGGUCUCGGAAAGAGCUACCAAACCAUUCGAGACUCGCACCCGGAAGACUCGUUCACCCGUGUGUACACUUUCAACUCUGUACGCAAAUCCAUGAGCACCGUUAUUCCGAAAGCCAGUGGCGGCUACCGUGUGUACUGCAAGGGUGCGUCGGAAAUUGUUCUGAAGAAGUGUUCUUUCAUCUACGGCCAGGAUGGAGUUUUGGAGAAGUUUACUCGUGACAUGCAAGAGCGCCUGCUGCAUCAGGUGAUCGAACCCAUGGCCUGCGACGGUCUGCGAACCAUCUGUAUCGCGUUCAGAGAUUUUGUUCCCGGAAAAGCUGAGAUCAACCAAGUGCAUUGUGAAGGAGAGCCUAACUGGGACGACGAGGAGAACAUCGUGAGCAAUCUAACGUGUUUGUGUGUGGUCGGUAUUGAAGAUCCAGUGCGGCCGGAAGUGCCGGACGCUAUCCGAAAGUGCCAGCGAGCAGGCAUCACCGUCCGUAUGGUUACCGGAGACAACAUCAACACUGCGCGGUCGAUUGCCACCAAGUGUGGUAUUAUUCGGCCUCAGGAUGACUUCCUAAUUCUGGAGGGUAAGGAGUUCAAUCGACGCAUUCGAGACAGCAAUGGAGAUAUUCAACAGCACCUGCUGGACAAGGUGUGGCCAAAGCUGCGGGUAUUGGCUCGGUCGUCGCCUACGGAUAAGUACAACUUGGUAAAAGGUAUCAUCGACAGUAAGGUAUCCGAUAAUCGCGAGGUGGUCGCCGUAACUGGUGACGGUACGAACGACGGUCCGGCUCUGAAGAAGGCGGAUGUCGGAUUCGCCAUGGGGAUUGCCGGAACCGACGUGGCAAAGGAAGCUUCCGAUAUUAUUCUAACUGAUGACAAUUUCAGCAGUAUCGUCAAGGCCGUCAUGUGGGGACGGAAUGUCUACGAUUCUAUUGCCAAGUUUUUACAAUUCCAGCUGACGGUCAAUGUGGUGGCUGUUAUUGUGGCGUUCAUCGGCGCUUGUGCCGUGCAGGAUUCUCCGCUGAAGGCCGUACAGAUGUUGUGGAUGAAUUUGAUUAUGGACACGUUGGCAUCGUUGGCUUUGGCCACCGAAAUGCCGACGGCAGAUCUAUUGUUGCGUAAACCGUACGGCCGAACGAAACCACUGAUCUCACGCACAAUGAUGAAGAACAUCCUGGGUCAAGCUGUCUAUCAGUUGAUCAUCGUCUUCGGACUCCUAUUCGUCGGUGAUCGGCUGUUGGACAUUGAGUCGGGUCGAGGCCAACCAUUGAAUUCAGAAGCGACACAACAUUUCACGAUCAUCUUCAACGUGUUUGUCUUCAUGACACUGUUCAACGAGUUGAACGCUCGAAAGAUCCACGGCCAACGAAACAUUUUCGAGGGUUUGUUCACGAACCCGAUCUUCUACAGCAUCUGGAUCGUGACCCUGGUGUCGCAAAUCUUCAUUAUCCAAUACGGCAAGGUGGCAUUCUCGACCAAGGCGCUGAACAUCGAACAGUGGCUGUGGAGUGUAUUCUUUGGUCUCGGAACGCUGAUCUGGGGCCAGAUCGUCACAACAAUCCCCACUCGCAAGAUGCCCAAGAAGAUGGCGUGGGGACGUGGCGAGGCAGAGUACACUGAAGCGAUCCGACUCGGCGAGGAGCGUUACGACUCGAUGGAUAAUGACAAGAAACCCCGUGCAGGUCAGAUAUUAUGGAUCCGUGGCCUUACUAGGCUGCAGACCCAGCUUCGUGUUGUACGUGCAUUUCGAUCCACAUUAGAAGAUUUAGAAGAACGUCGUUCCAUUCAUAGCUUGCAUAGUCUUAGAAGUUCACGCAGUCAUCCCGGAGGCAUGAGCACGAGUGGUACAAUGACUAGUCAAGGUCUCUCAAAUCUCUUAUAUCCACCAGGUUCCAACAUCCCAACCGGCCGGCUAAUAGGUACUAAUGUUGGCGAUCUUAAGUAUAUUGAUGAAGAUCAAAGACUUCACAAUAAUCAGCACAUAAUAGGCGUAAAGAAUGGCUUGACCAAUUAGAUUUGAUAGUAAGCCGGGAGACACACAUACACGCAUAAACAAACACACAUAAGCAACCGGGCAGUAUGAGAGGGAUUGCACACAAACAAACAAGCGUAUACAUAAAGAGACGGCAUGUAGGAAUUCCCAAACACUUAGAAACACAUUCACACAUACCAACAUUGAGAACAAGCCGAGGAAGGGCCCAACAUGAAUGGGGCCACAGGGAUGGGAACCGUGCUGCCCGCAUUUCGAACGAACCUGAUUCGACACGGUGGCAGAACACCGUGAACACGUGGACGUGGUGAUAGUCAAUUCGAAUUUCCUAUUUAUUAACUGUUAAUAUAGAAUCGAUUAUUAUGAACCAAUAGAACUGUGUCGUUGUGUUGUUAUUUAGGUUCAUUCCCAGACUCGGUUUUCCCUUCCAGCCCAGCCAGCAAAGUCAAACGUUAGAUAAGCGUGAUGGAAUUAGUAGCAGUGUGGUAGAUAGGGCGCAGUUGCGCAGCAGCACAGCAUCACUGGGUGCCACUCACUUUUGUUUGCGCUUAGAUUUAUAGAUGUAGCGAAUCCCCAUAAGUAGAACGAGUCAUGAUGUUCAUUCAAGAUUUUUGUAGUUUUAUUUGAUGAAAAAAAAUGUGUACGAUAAUGAGAUAUCGUCAUCCUACUACUACAGUUCAGGAUGGUGACUACACAAAAAAAUAAUAACGAAACAGGUCGAAUUUGUCGACUAAUGCCUGCAAUUUAUUAUCGUUGUUAUCAAGUAGUAAACUAUGACAGUUGUCAUGUGAUCUGAUCAGAAGGAAUUUAAAGGUUGGUCUUAGGAGAUCAAAGGUCGAAGAGAGAGAGAGAGAGUACUUGGACUAUAAGACAUCCAAUAGCGUUGAAGCAUUUAUGCAGUUAAAAUCGUGCUGGACGUAGGUAAUUCGAAGGCAGCUGCCUAUGCUGUAAGAUCUGUUCUCCUGUUAUACAGAGUUUCGUGAGAAAUCCAUUAUUUUUAUCUAAUGGAAUUAUUAAAAAUUGCCUCAUGCAAGACUUGCUGAUUUUGAUGAGAUGAAAGUAAGUACGGAAGAUUUCCAUUUUCUGAGUGGGCAAAGCCGUGAUCCAAGAAAUACGAAAGCCCCCAGCCAACACAAAGUCGCAUAUGCUAGCGAAUAAGUAUGUAUUGUGGAGGCGAUAUAGGCGCAUGCCUCCAUUUGACUGAAUGCAAAAUGUACCUAUAUAGCCUCCACUUUGUACACUUAUUCGCUAUGAUAUACGAUCUUGUGUUUGCUGGGCCCAUAUGGUAUAAAGUUAUUUCGCAUAGUGCAGUUUGCCAUUCUCAUAACGAGUUGGGUACAAGAGAGCCAUGCGAUAUUUAAACCAUUUGGCAUAACGACCAUAUCACAUAAUGCAUUGGAUGCCUUGAAGAUAUUUUGCAAAACGACCAUUUGACAUAAUCAAUGGAAAAUAUUAUCAAAUAUGGUGGGUCGGUUGACGUAACGACCAUGUGGCAUAAUGAUCAAAACAGAAAGAGUAAACUGUGCUUAUUUCAUGUCUUAAAUAAGUGGAAAAUUGACCCUUUCCAUUAAAAUUGUUUAUCCAUUAUAUCGAUUUUUUAGAAUUUAUUUUCAAUCAUUUUUUUCGAAGAAUCAAUGUUUUCUAACGCCUCCAACUAUUUUUGCUUUCAAUUCAUACAAAAAAAAAAAAAAGUGCUGUGAUUUAAUUUUGGUCUUACAUCCGAUUCGAUUUUGGAUCAACAUCAGGCCGGUUCACUCUGCAACACUUUUGAUUUUAGUUUUCGGUUUCAAAAAUAGUUGGAGGCUUUAAAAAAGAGUUCUUCGGGAACGUUGACCUUGAACAAGUUAAAGAUUCGACUGAAACAAUAAAACAAGAUAAGACUUUUGAUGGGUAUGGUCAAUUGUUGUUUCCGUCUAUUCUUUCGUGAGACGACCAUGUAAUCCGAAACGUCUCACCUCAUGUGAGAUAUAGGCCUGUGUGAAGAAAAAGUAGUUAUCCACUAUUUACUACAAAUUGUAUAGUGUUUACUACCUUUGUAGCAAAACGGUUAUAUCGUCUGGAUUUGAAAUCACUUAAACGGUAAAUGAUGUAUAAGAAUUGAAAUAAGCGCCGUAAAAAAAUGACACUAUACAAAUAAUGAUAUCUAUCGAAGUUUUUCGCAUUUUACACAUUUUUUUUACGCCUGUCGUUUUUACUCAACUGUUUUUUGCGAAGUUUUGGAAUUAUUGUGGUUUUUAUGCCGGUUUUUUUUGCAGCACACACUUGUUUAAAAUGAUCGAGAGAUACGUAAAAAUCUGUUUUCAUUGAAGUCGUUUUUAACGUAGUAUUAAGAACGUACGCGAUUCUCCUUUACACGGUACGCAUCCCCACGUAAAAACCGGCUUCAGUGUAUCGGUUUUUGGAAGCGAAUGUAAAAUGUUUGACGAAACACUUUUUAACUGAACCGAAUCACGUAAAGGCGAAUGCGAACAUUCCUCCUUUGUAAAUCUCAAGCUCCGGAUAACAUAGAGCGUUAAUGCCAAAAGGCGUAAUUAAGACCUUAAUCGAUUCUUCACGAUUUUGACGUACCCCUGACCAUAAUAAAAAAAAACCGCGUAAAGAACUGCAUAAAAAAAAUCCGCGUGAAUACCACAAAGAUUCCAAAAUCAAAAUAAUUGCGUUUAAACAAAUCACGUAAAAAUGCGUGAAAAGCGACACCAAUGUAUUACAUAUGUCAGGGAAAGCGUUUUUUUUUUCGUUGCGAUAUUUUUUGAAGGUUAGUCCUAUUCUUGCGGUAUUGUCUUUAUUUCUUACUAGCAGACCCGACGAACUUCGUUUCGCCUAAAAUUAAUUUAUUCUCUGAUUGGUUCUCAAGUUAUGCAGAAAUGUUUGCUUCAUUUGAAUGGGAGCCCCCCUUUCCAAAUGGGGGAGGGGUUUCGAACCAUCUUAAGAACCUUCCCCGGCCUCCAAAAACCUCUGCAUAGAAAUUUUCACGCCGAUCGGUUCAGUAGUUUUCGAGUCUAUAAGGGUCAGACAGAUAGAAAUUCAUUAUUAUGUAUAUAGAUGGAGCGCGAUAUUACAACAAUAGAACCUUAGCACUACCGCAAUGAUAGGCUUAGGGGACGCAAUUUUUUAAUCAAAAAUGUUGAUUCUUCAUCAUUUUGAGCGGAAUUUUGUCAAACAAGAGGUGUUUCAGUGGCUGAUUCGAAGAGUUUUAUCGGAUUCAUAAUUAUUUUUUAUACUAUUAUAUCCAGAAUGGACUAUUUCAACACGACCGUAACAUCAGGGCAUAUUACAAUGAUAGGACGUUUCACCCUACAUAUAAUUUGUAGCAAUUAGGGUAUCUAUUCCAUUAUUAAUAAGACGUUCCUAUAUAAAUAACAUUGGCAAAACGAACGAUUUUGGCAUGAUUUGUUUUAUUCUUGAUUGCUUUCCGGCGUGGCACUCCAAAGCUCAAACAUAUACGAUUCCUUCUAAGCUAAUACAAACGAGCAAAUAAUUCUUUCUUGGAUGUACGCAUUUGACCGAAAUACGUCACAAUGACCGGAAACCCAAGACAGUUUCACUUAGCUACGACAUGCUAAGGUUUGGAGUGACUGAACACAUUCCCAAACAAGUUAGGGCAUGCAAGUUUCUGAGUUUAAGGCAUUCAAUGCUGUUUGAUUAUCAGACAAUAUGCUUUCAUUAAAUGCAUCCAUUUGUACGGAAUAAGACAGAUCAGCGAAUGAUUCCUUCUCUUAAAACACGCAUUUGCCCUUUUUAAGGUCACUCCUGACGGAAUCCAAGAUUAAAAGUGCUGGCGUUUUCGGGGGCACACCACUCGAUACGGAAGCAACGCACAACUGUCAUUUUUAUUAUUUGACGCAUGCUGCGACGCAGCAAAGCUAAAUCAACAAAAAUGACAGUUGUGCGCCGCCUCUGAAUCGAGUGAUGUGCCUCCGAAAACGCGAGCACUUCGGAACUUGGAUUCCGUCAGGAGUGACCUUAACGCGAAAGAGUAAAUUUCUCCUAGCUCACAUAUUUGCUUUUGCUAAUUGGUAGAUUAUUGUUUCUUUCGAAGCACAAAUUUGCCCGAAACAUGGGAAAAGAGCUAAUGAUCCUUUCAUUUAAAUCACGUAUUUCCCCGGAAUUACUUUGAAGAGUGAAUGACUCAUCAAAAGCACGCUUGGGCCAAAAAAGGCGAAAAGGAAGAAAACUCUUAUGAAACACGCAUUUUUUUAAAUAAAUAUUGUGCCAAAUGACUAUAAUUACAUCAGUCGUUAUGCUAAAUGGCCAUUAAGAACCCAAAACAUUAUACAAAACGAUCGUUAUGCCAAAUGGCUCCUGACCGUCAAACUCGUUAUGCCAAAUGGAAGAGUGUCAAAAAGAACAAUCGUUUACAAUUUAGGGAUUAUAAAAAUUUUAAUGUUCUUAUGAAUCGCAUUUCGUCAGCUCACUUUUUUUUUCGGGCAAUGCGUCAUUAAUUCAUAAGUCAAGCUUGGGUAAAGAUGCAUUAAUUUGGUAAUAGGCCUAAUUAAAACCGUUUUCUAACUUUGAUUGCAUUAUUUUCGAAAAUAUUUUUGCAUCAUGUUUGCGAACUUGUCAAACUUUUUUCACACGAAUUUGCAGACAAAAAAACAUUCUUUAUAUGUUUCUAUCCAUUAUGAAUGUGAAACUUAACGAGCAUAUACCGUAUAUGAGGAACGAUUGUAAAUGCCAGAGCCAUAACUAUUAGUCAUGCUGUGUGCUUUGAGCUGAGAGAUAAUAUAAAAUUGCUCCGACUUACUGAAGGUUUUUGCCAAUGAUUAGCCAAGCUGUCAUGUUACUUCCAGUUAUAGUGAGUUCAAGUUACUAUUCUGACUUCUUUUUUUGUCCAAUAUUCAUGUAGCAAAUACAAUUAACCACGAAUCGUUCGGACAUCCCUUAGCCCAGCGGUUCCUUUUUCUAGAGAGGUACCCCUUCGCACUUUUGCUUUAAUUAAGGUACCCCUAUCUUUUUUUUGCUGCAAAUAAAAAUAAGUUUAAUUCUUAAGAUAUAUGAAAAAUGGAACUGAAAAUUAACGGGAUAUAUGACUCUCCAUAAAGUUGACUAAAAUUUUCAUUAUUCCGAGCUCUUAAAAAAAGGCUUCCGAGUCUCUUGAAAGGCAGCUUUCGAGCCACUUAAAAGGAGGCUUCUGAACAUCUUUUAAGGACGCCUCUGAGCCUCUUGGAUGUUUCUAGGCCUUUUCAAAAGAGGCUUCCGGGUCUCUUGAAAGGAGGCUUCCGGGCCUCUUAAAAUGAGACUUCCGGGCCUCUUGAAAGGAGGUUUGUGGGCCUCUUGAAAGGUGGCUUCUGGGCCUCUUGAAAGGAGGCUUCCGGGCCUCUUGAAAGGAGGCUUCCGCGCCUCUUGAAAGGAGGCUUCCGGGCCUCUUGAAAGGAGGCUUCCGGGCCGCUUCAAAGGAGCCUGAUAUGCAAAGAAUGUUCAGACCAAAUAUAAUAAUGACAAUAAUAGAGCAAAAGCUGUCAUUUCGCCUAGAUUGCGCAGAAGAUUUUUUAAAUUUGUUCGUUCGUCGUUCUACAUUUUCAAAAAUUUAUAUGGAUCGUGGACAUUCGCCACACCCCCCUCUUCCCUAAACUGUCCACGUGGUAUAUGGACAGCCCCUUACAAGUCAGUCAAAACGCCGCUUGGUGCAGUUUGGCUGAACUCCGACCAUUUGUGGAAACGCUGCAAUAUUCUUUUGCCAAUAAACAACCAAGAAAGCAGAGUACAGACAACGUGGAAACGUCAAUCUUUAAGCGGCGUGUCAAAUUUUGAAUAAAUUACCGAAUAGUAGGCCAUGGUUGUAAUCUUUUCUAUCGCAACAUGGUCUGAGCUUUACCGCUCUGUUAUUUGUUGGUACGAGAUCAUAAUAUGGACAUCUUUAGUAGAAUUAUAAAUGUUACGGGAGUUAGGAAAUGAAAUUGAAACUGUAAAAAUGCCAUCUUCAACAGAAGUAGUAGUUUUAAAAAUUCAAACAGUUUCGUUAGAAAAUUUAUAACUUGAAUACUGCUCAGUUGUAUUUUUGCACGAAUUUGCAACAGAAUUUCCUCAGCUUCAAUAAAUUCAGUUUCAUCGACUUCACAGCAGUUUGACAUUUGAAUUAUCCAAUUCUCGAAAACGGAUAUAAGAGAAAGACUUUUUUAUAUUAUUUAACCGCAUCAAAACGUAGCCUCGGGAAGAACGUUUUGACGUAGUGGAGUCUUUGGAAAGGGACGUUGCUUUCAUUGGUUUUUGGCGCCUGACGGGAAUUAAACGACAGACGGAAAUACCUGUCGUAACCAUAAUAUUUAUUAAAUGGAUGAAUCGCCGUCUCACUUACAAACAAAAAAAUCGAAUGAGGAAAUGAAUCAAAUAAAUCGGAUACGUUCGCAAGAUUAGUUAUGCUGAUUCAAAAUAUUUCUCUGGUACUGGUUUCUACCAAGUUUGGCAAUUUGGAUUAAAACCUUCGAGUAGCAUCAGUCAGCAAUUGCUACGGAAGGCAGUCACAAUUUUUUCAUCGAUCAAUCUGCUAUGAAAAAGCUGCAUCAGAGACUGAUAUGGCUAGAAACGAAAACAACAGUUCUUUUAGUCAAAUGUUUUCUCCUGACAUAGGCAGAUGAAACUACUGAACCUUAUUUCCAGUUAGCCUAGUAACUUAAAACGUUCAUAUCCGUAAUUAUCACAUUUUUUACGAUAUCACUGGCAUUAUCUUCACCUACACACUUAGUUUUUAUUUCUGCAGCUCGGCAAAAAUCCGCACAGCCGUGCGCCAGCUAAAUAAAUAACUGAUAUUCCGGCAAAAAUAGCGUUUGUUAGCUGAUUUUCGGCAAAUUAUUUGCUGAUUAUCAGCAAUUUUGACAGAAAUCUCGGCAAAAAACGUGUUUGCUGGGGCACGGCUGUGCGAUUCUCGGUAAAAAUUCAACAUUUUGCUGAGAUCCCGGUAAAAAAAAUUAAGUGUGUACUUUUAGAUUUUUAACAAAACACCAAAAUCAUCAAAAUUUCAAUCGAAAUUGUCCAAAACCUAAUCAACAAGUCUGUACAUCCUUAUUUGUUUGUUGGUUUCGGUUUUUACAAGUGUUUUUCAUCGGAAAAGCUUCAGGAGUCAGGAGACAUAGUGAGAUGCGAUACUGGGGAUUAUUUUUCAGUCAUCGAUGACAACACCUCCAGUCAUCAGAGAACAUAUACUGAUUACGGAAUGGUUUAUGGGAGGAGGAGGGUUGCCCAUAUUAUUAUGCAAAAAAAUGUAAGAUAACAAAUCUUACUACAGGAGAGACGGCGUGGUAAAACCAGGAAAAAUCAUUACGUGUUUUGCCACAUAUAAAACUGCAUACUUUGUUCUGCUGCUAUAUCUACUAAUUCCAUCACGUAUUCAAAUAGGGCUCAGGAAGAUAGUGCCACUACAAUACCUUAUUUUUAUGUAUACUUUUUCUCGACUAACGUCGUGCAAUCACACACACUUAAAAAUAGAAUUCACAGUACACCGCUGAUGACGCUAAAUCAGAUUUUCUCAUUACUCACUCUUUAGAUAUUGAAUAACCCGUCCAAAACUGUUUGUCUUGACUAUCAACACAAAUUGGGUAGCUUUAGUAGUCAAAAAUAACCUACUGAUGCAACCAACAGCAUGGAGCAGGUAGCGCAAAUUUCAAUAUUGCCCUUUUCGCCAGACUUUAUUUAAAGGAAAGCUUAAAACUUUUCUAAUUCGAACAUAGUAGUAAUCUUCGAAUCACUCUUAACCACCACUAAGCGGUACAUCGAAUCCGAACACAAACAUACGGCCAAAAACGUCUCCCGCGGUAACCCAUUUGAUAGCUCCUAUGAUAGAAAAAAAAAACACUAAAUUUUGAUUAGCCUUAUUCAAACUGACAGAGUCAGUACAUUAACAUCGGUACGUUAAUGCACUGCCUUCGACCCCUGAAAAGACCAAUUACAUAUAUAAUGAAACCUAAUAAAGCUAUCGCGUUGUUAAUUCUUCGAUUUAUUAGAUUUAGGUUAGAAUUAGCGAGAACAAUACUUAAUAAUAUUACUGUAAUUUAUGUUUAACUAAUAGAUUUUUAAAGUGAAGGUUAAUGACUUGUUAAUCGUUUAUUUAUUUGUAAAAUUUAAAAUUUUAUCUUUGUGCUGAGAAGUGAAGCAAAUUAACGCAAAACGGUUGGGAUCUGUUAGGUAGGAGCAUAUGAAUCGAUCUAAAUAUUCAUUGUUGUCUUGAUGGUAGGAGGCCCCCCCGACCCCCCGUUAGCAUUGCAAGCGAAGGAAAGAAAGAAAAUAAAACACACAUACAUUACACCACAAGCCACUAAAGAGAAUAAAAUGAACCCUUUGAUGGAACUGACACACGUUUUGAUUUGUUUUAACCUCCUAGUUUGUAAGUGAACCCCCCAGCACAAUGAGCUCUUAUACAUUUAAUUUUACUAUUGAGUAUCUGUGAAUUUUUUUCAUCGUUAGUCGAUACUUCGCGCGAUUGUGACAAUAAAAACAAAACAUCGUCUUAAUUAUAUGAUUUUGAGCUUCA